UAGCACUGUAUGCGAACGACAGACGCUGUUGGUCGACCGCCCACGAGGGUGCGCUAAUGCAACAAGUUAGACGCCAAACACUCUCAUACUCUACCGAAGAAGAAGAAGGUAGCAGGUGCCAGAGGUGCCUGCUUCUUAUCUGCUGUUCGUGGCCCUCUCCGGUAAAGUAACAGGAUGGCCCAGUGGAGUGUCAUACUCGCAGUAAUCGCCGCUCUCGGAGGAGCAGCGCUCCUAUCCUCCGUGCACAAGAUCGAUGAGGGACACACUGGAGUUUACUACAGGGGAGGGGCUCUCCUGACCAUCACCAGUGGCCCUGGUUUCCAUCUUAUGCUUCCAUUCAUCACCUCCUUCAAGUCUGUUCAGACAACGCUGCAGACAGAUGAGGUGAAGAAUGUACCAUGCGGCACAAGCGGAGGAGUGAUGAUUUACUUUGACCGUAUAGAAGUGGUGAACUACCUCGUUCAAUCAGCAGUGUACGACAUAGUGAGGAACUUCACAGCAGACUACGACAAAGCUUUGAUAUUCAACAAGGUUCACCAUGAGCUCAACCAGUUCUGCAGUGUUCACUCGCUGCAGGAGGUCUACAUUGGCUUGUUUGACCAAAUCGAUGAAAACCUGAAGUUGACACUACAAGAGGAUCUAACAUCCAUGGCACCGGGACUCAUCAUACAGGCGGUCCGUGUCACAAAACCCAAUAUCCCAGAGAGCAUUCGCAGGAACUACGAGCUCAUGGAGAGCGAGAAAACAAAGCUGCUUGUCUCUGUACAGACACAGAAGGUUGUGGAGAAGGAGGCCGAAACCGAAAGGAUCAAAGCUGUGAUUGAGGCUGAGAAAGUGGCUCAAGUGGCAGAGAUCAAGUUUGGACAGAAGGUGAUGGAGAAGGAAACUGAAAAAAGGAUCUCUGAAAUCGAAGACGGCGCUUUCCUGGCCCAGCAGAGAGCCAGGGCCGAUGCAGAGUUCUAUACGUCACAGAGAGUUGCAGAGGCCAAUAAGCUGAAGUUAACACCAGAGUACUUGCAGCUAAUGAAGUACAAGGCCAUCGCAGCCAACAGCAAAAUCUACUUUGGGAACGAAAUACCCCAGAUGUUUGUGGACUCUGGCUCUGCAGGGAGCUCUAUCAAGGCCUCUGCAGCCAUGGACAUUGUUGCUGAGCAGAUCCUGGACCUGGAUUAGCAAGGGAAGGGAAGUAUCGGGGCCCACAGGGCCACCCAGGGGUGGAGGACCGUCUGCUGCACAGCAGGGGCCCGGCCCACAGCCUAGCUGGCAACUUCUCCCCUCUGACCCGGUGAAGCUCUGCUGACCAGGGCCCGUAUUUCUCAAACACCUCCGAAUACCUGCUAGAAAUCACACUGGAAGUUUGACUAGGAUGUAAUAUUAUCCUAGCUCAGAGCCAGACGACUUGAGUUAUGCUUCUACUCUGUUCAGAUAGAGAAUGAGAUUGUCUAGACUAGGUAAAUAUGAAAUAAAACCAAGAUGAAAUAGCAUCACCCCUGGGUGUAUAAGUAGCUCCUUAAAGAUAUAAUAUGCAAUGCUUUCGACAAAAAAAAAAAAAAAACAUGUAUAGACUAAUACAAAAGUUAUCCCUCUCAAUCCUCAUAA